AUGGUGAUGGGUGGUAUAUCGAGCCAGGCCGGGGGAUCUGAUGGACCUCAACGCAUGGAUACCGCUAUGGUGGAGGUCUUGGACAAGUUGCGAAGCAUAACUAAUCAUUUGCGCAAAAUCCACUCCGACGAGCCAGCCAACAAAAUAUCAAAGAGCGUUCAUCAAAUUUUCAAAGACUUCGGUGAUGCAACGGCUGGGUUAACGGAUUAUGAAAUGUGGAUGGUUCCUUCGGUAGAUGAGAGCAACCUGCUUAAUGAUCAUGACGACGAGGAAUUCAGCCGCAAUGAAUACCAGCGAAUGCUGAAGGGAAUCUGCCAGCCGAGGAAUGGUGAUCUUGUUCCCAUUCAUUACCCAAUCCCGGACCCCCCGGCUCGUCUGUGGUCCUCUGUAGCCGCAGCCCCACCUCAGGCCCAUAUUAACAAGAACAGACCCUUGAUUGAUGCAUCAAGCAAGCGACGCAACAAACGUCCAACUCCAAUCGUUCCAAUCCACCCCGGUGGGCGAAUUAUGCAAGCCCCGAAUCCAGCUCAAAGAGAGCAGAACAAGAAGGCGGGAGUCCUAAUCGUGGAGGGUAAAUUCAAUAUUCACAGCCUGAAUUUCCUCACUGCGAGAAUCCAUGAGGGUCCACUGUACAGUGUUGAGAUUGUGCAUAAUACAGGAUACGCUGAAAUUACGUUCCUGCAUGCACAGCAUGCAAGCAAUUUCCUGAUCGAAGACAAACUUGCCACGGAGAAGACUGGCUAUGGUCGUUUUGGACCUGAUUUCAAGGUCAGAUAUGACAGAUGUUUGGUGCGGGACUGGGAUGGGGAUCUGGAAAAUAUGGACAAACCCAUGUUGAAUAAAGAGAGGCGCCGGUUGACGUUUGUUCGCUCGAGAUUGCUUGCAUAUCCGUGCACCUUUGAGAGAUUGACAGACGAUAUCAUGAGAAUUGCUGGGGAGGAUGGGGUGGAUUUUAUAUGGAAGUUUAACGCUGGCAACGUUACUGCUGCUUUCAAGAGCGUGAAAACGGCCCGGCAUGUUCGAGAGAUGUUCUGGCAGAAGUCAUCUGAGCCUGGCCCAUAUGCUGGCGUGCAGGUCACGUACUCGACCGACCCUUGCGAGAAGCCAUUGCAUCUCAGGAGAGCAUGA